CCUUUUUUUUUUGCAUACCCAUGAGUCACUUGGCGGAGGAGGGGAGGGCUCUCACCCUGGCUGGUGGUUCUGUGAUCCGGCACUGUUUGCUGGAUGAAUUCCAUUGGAAGAUGGAACGUUGGAAGAUCUUGGCUGGCCUGAUCCUGGCUGCCUUCCUCCCUCAAGUGAGCCCCUUUAAGAUACCUGUGGAGGAACUUGAGGACAAAGUAUUUUUGAGGUGCAAUACCAGCAUCGUGAGGCUAAAGGGAACAGUGGGAGCACCAUUAUCAAGCAAUAAAACCCUGGACUUGGGCAAACGUGUCUUGGAUCCAAGAGGAGUGUAUAAGUGUAAUGGGAUAGAUAACCAGGCCCAGGAAGUCUCUACUGUGCAAAUAUAUUACCGAAUGUGUCAGAGCUGUGUGGAGGUGGACUCGGCCACCGUGGCCGGCAUCAUCAUCACCGACAUCAUUGCCACGCUGCUUCUUGCUUUGGGAGUCUACUGCUUUUCAGGACAUGAGACUGGAAGGGUCUCUGGGGUUCUUCCAGCUGCUGACACUCAAGCUCUGUUGAGGAAUGACCAUUUGUACCAGCCCCUCCGAGGCCGCGAUGACGCUCAGUACAGCCAUCUUGGAGGAAACUGGCCCCGGAAAAAGUGACUGUGGACCUGGUGGUGUCUGGAAGCGUCAUUGUCAACUGUGCCUUCCCUCUGAGAUCAACCAAUAAAGACUUUUUUUUCGCUCCAGUCA